AUGGAACACACACUGUUUGGCUGCCUGCGCAGCCCCCAUGCCACCUCUCAGAGCUUGCACCCGUUCGCCCAAUCUUCGCUGGCCCUCCACGGAAGAUCAGAUCAUAUGUCCUAUCCCGAUUUAUCCUCGUCUUCGUCCUCUUGCAUAAUCGCUGGCUACCCCAAUGAGGAGGGCAUGUUUGGAAGUCAGCAUCACAGAGGGCAUCACCACCAUCACCACCAGCAGCAGCAGCACCACCACCAGAGCUUGCAAUCUAAUUGGCACAUUCCUCAGAUGUCCUCGCACCUGGCCUCCACCCGGCAUAGUCUUUGCCUUCAGCAGGAAUCUGGACCCCCGCAGCUUGGAAGCAGCCCCCCUAUAUUGUGUUCUAAUGCGAGUACCCUGGGCACUAACAGCUCGACGGGCUCAGCGUGUGUGAGUGCGGACUAUGGCAGGCAGACCCUCUCCCCUUCCGAAACAGAAAAGAGGUCGGGCAAGAGGAAAAGUGACAGCUCAGAUUCCCAAGAAGGAAGUUACAAGUCAGAUGUAAAUAGUAAACCCCGGAAAGAGAGAACGGCCUUCACGAAAGAGCAAAUCCGAGAGUUGGAGGCCGAAUUCGCUCAUCACAACUACCUGACCCGGUUGAGACGAUACGAAAUAGCUGUAAAUCUGGAUCUCACAGAAAGACAGGUGAAAGUUUGGUUCCAGAAUCGCAGAAUGAAGUGGAAGCGAGUGAAGGGCGGUCAGCAGGGAGCCGCCGCGCGAGAAAAAGAACUGGUCAAUGUCAAAAAAGGAACUUUACUGCCCUCCGAGCUGUCGGGGAUCGGAGCCGCCAACCUUCAGCACACGGUUGACUCACUAGCCAAUGACGACAGCCGUGACAGCGAUCAGAGCUCGGAGCACGCUCACUUGUGAUCUCCAUAGGGAAGAGACUCUCCUACAGUUUCGUUCUCAGGAAAGAAUAGAACGUGGCACAGACUGGAACUAUCAUUGCUUCAAGCCCACAGAUUCUCGGGAACUACUUAAGUCUUUUUUGUUUUUGUUUUUUCAAAAAGAUUUGCAAUAAAAAUAAAAUAAAAAACUCUAUUAAAGGGGAUGUCCAGGAUUAGAGAAACAUGGCUGCUUAGUUUAAAAAAUGGAGCCACAGCAUGUUCACCGGUUGAUGGUGGUAUUGAGGGUCAUCUUCAUUAAUGCGGCACAACCUGGGCAAAAAGUUGGACACCGAUUUUAGAAAAAAGAUGCCAUAUUUUUGUAAUCCAUGGAAACCCCCUUUGAAGGAGUACUCCGAUAAUGCAAAACUUAUCCCCCUAUUCACAGGAUCAUGAGGGGUGGUCUGACCACUGGGACUCCCAGCAAUCUCCAAAAAAGGGACCCAUCUUUAACUUCCUUGCUUCAGCGCCCAUCUUCUUAGACCAAACUGGUCUCCGAAGUGAUGGCGGCCCAGUCUGCCAAUUCCCAGCCAAAAUGAUGACCAUCCUCCGCCGAUGAUGGGAGAAACGAGCUGUCACUCCCGAGACCAGUUUAUCUUGAAAAGUGAGGGCUGGAGUUCUUAGAGGUAAGAGUUUGGAGUUGGAGAUCGCAGGGGUUCCAGUGGUAGUUAGAUAAGUUUUGUGUAAUCGGAGUACCUUUUUAAGGUCUUACAUAUAAUUUGCUAUUAUUAUGAUACAAAAAAUGGGUCCAGGAUAAGGAUAGGCAACGUAAACAUCUAAGUAAAACAUUGGGCAAAGCUAGCUAGAUUUUCCUUCGCCUGGGGCGAGGAGUCAUUUUGCUGUACAGGCCCUUUAUCUAAAUACGCCAGCCAAGAUAAAGGGGUCUUCUGGCACCAGCUAUUCCACCAACAAUGGGGCACAUGCCCAUGCACUUCAUCUUAGCUUUGCCCCUGGCUCCCAAAAGACACUGGGGAAAUGUAUCAGAAAUGGUACAAAGGUCAAGUGGAACAGUUGUCCAUGGAAACCAAUGAGAACUAUGGAAAAAAGGAGCUAUGGGCAAAUCCUUGACUUUUCCCUUGUACGAGUUUUGAUAAAUCUCCCCCUUACAUGUAUUAGUAUGAUGCCCGAGUGGUGGCCCUGCAUCUGCUAGAUCAGUGGUCUCAAACUGUGGCCCUCAAG